CCUGCUCUAUAUUAGGGCGGCAGCGGCCGUGGCCGGAGGCGUCUUGUGUGGACAAGGGCAACGUUCGGAUACCAGCGUCGGCUUGCGUGCUCGCCGCCACCGCCUCCACGGCCUCCUCAGAGUCACCGGCGCAGGAUCAGUGCACCUCCCGGACAUGGAAGCUGUUGUUCGCCGCUGCCCAUUCUUGUCCCGAGUGCCUCAGGCCUUUCUGCAGAAGGCGGGCAAGUCUCUGUUGAUCUACGCCCAGAACUGCCCCAAGAUGAUGGACGUGGUGACCAAGCCAGCCCCUCGGGCCCUGUCAGCCUCCGCAGUGCACGGCCAGCAGGCCCGGGAAACCCCUCCGGCCAACGGGAAGGACACAACUGCCAGAGCUGAGGCUCCGUCGGCCCCGGGUGGAUCCGAGCAGGCCCCAGGGGGCACACCGCGGCCCGCCGGACACCCGCCCACAGCCCCGAGCCAGGGCGCCGCCAGCAAAUGCCCUUUCCUGGCGGCCCAGAUGAGUCAGCGGGGGAGCAGCGUGGUCCGCAAAGCCAGCCUGGAGCUGCAGGAGGACGUGCAGGAGAUGCACGCCGUGAGGACAGAGGUUGCCCAGGGCUCGGUGAACCCCAGCAUCAUUAGCGUGACUGGCGGAGGGGAGCCGAGUGGUUUGCUGAAGAACUUCCAGGACAUGAUGCUAAAGCAGAGGCCAGAAAGAGUGUCCCACCUACUUCAGGAUAACUUGCCAAAAUCUGUUUCCACUUUCCAGUAUGAUCGUUUCUUUGAGAAGAAAAUUGAUGAGAAAAAAAAUGACCAUACUUAUCGAGUCUUCAAAACUGUGAACCGGAGGGCACACCUCUUCCCCAUGGCAGACGACUACUCGGACUCCCUCGUCAGCAAAAAGCAGGUGUCGGUCUGGUGUAGCAAUGACUACCUGGGCAUGAGCCGCCACCCACGGGUGUGUGGGGCAGUCAUGGACACUUUGAAGCAGCAUGGUGCUGGGGCUGGUGGUACUAGAAACAUUUCUGGAACCAGUAAAUUCCACGUGGACCUGGAGCGGGAGCUGGCCGACCUCCACGGGAAGGACGCAGCCCUCCUGUUCUCCUCGUGCUUCGUGGCCAACGACUCCACCCUCUUCACUCUGGCCCGGAUGAUGCCAGGCUGUGAGAUUUACUCCGAUGCCGGGAACCACGCCUCCAUGAUCCAGGGGAUCCGGAACAGCCGCGUGCCAAAGCACGUCUUCCGCCACAACGACGCGGGCCACCUCAGGGAGCUGCUGCAAAGGGCCGACCCCGCCGUCCCCAAGAUCGUAGCGUUUGAAACUGUCCAUUCCAUGGAUGGGGCGGUGUGCCCGCUGGAAGAGCUCUGUGACGUGGCCCACGAGUUUGGCGCCAUCACCUUCGUGGAUGAGGUCCAUGCAGUAGGGCUCUACGGGGCCCGAGGCGGCGGGAUCGGCGAUCGGGACGGAGUCAUGCCGAAGAUGGACAUCAUUUCCGGAACGCUCGGCAAAGCCUUCGGCUGCGUGGGAGGCUACAUCGCCAGCACCAGUGCGCUGGUCGACACCGUGCGGUCCUACGCCGCUGGCUUCAUCUUCACCACCUCCCUGCCGCCCAUGCUGCUGGCCGGAGCCCUGGAGUCCGUGCGGAUCCUCAAGAGCGCCGAGGGGCGGGCGCUGCGCCGCCAGCACCAGCGCAAUGUCCAGCUCCUGAGGCAGAUGCUCAUGGACGCCGGCCUCCCUGUCGUCCACUGCCCCAGUCACAUCAUUCCAGUCCGGGUGGCAGAUGCCGCUAAAAACACAGAAAUCUGUGACGAACUCAUGAGCAGGCAUAACAUCUACGUGCAAGCCAUCAAUUACCCGACGGUGCCCCGGGGGGAGGAGCUGCUGCGGAUCGCGCCCACCCCCCACCACACCCCCCAGAUGAUGGGCUACUUCCUCGAGAACCUGCUGGCCACGUGGAAGCGCGUGGGGCUGGAGCUGAAGCCGCACUCCUCAGCUGAGUGCAACUUCUGCCGGAGGCCGCUGCACUUCGAGGCGAUGAGCGAGAGAGAGAGGGCCUUCUUCUCCGGCAUGAGCAAGCUGGUCUCCGCUCAGGCCUGAGCGCUGUGGCCUCAGGGCCUGCCUCUCCCCGCCCUGUUGUACCUACGGAGUCUCCAGAAGCGUCUAUGUCGGUUAAAUUAUAUUAAAGUUUAAUCUAUAGUAAAA